ACGCUCGGCGUUGCCCGGAGCCGGCCCAACAUAAGCUAAUGAGAGGGGAGCCGGACGUUGAAAGACCGGCGACAAUUGGUGAAUUCGAAAUCGCCUGAAUGAAAACCCACUUGUGAUUCGCUGACUGGGAAUUUUCUUCCUUUUGUGAAUAAGAACUCAACAAUGGAGUGGGAAAUCGCUGUCUCAUGAUCGCCUGAACGCCUUCAUGAACAUUGGGAGCGUGUGGCAGGAAGGUGGCAGCUGGAGCAGAGGACACCUCAUCGUGGUGCACGCGGGGCAGUGGUCCAGGCCACCCUCCUCCCUGGCAUGGCCGGCACCGUGCUGGGAGUGGGUGCAGGCGUGUUCAUCUUAGCCCUGCUCUGGGUGUUGGUGCUGCUGCUGUGUGUGCUGUUAUCCAGAGCCUCAGGAGUCGCUAGGUUCUCUGUCAUUUUUGUAUUCCUCGGUGCUCUGAUCAUCACAUCAGUCCUGGUGCUUUUCCCCCGAGCCAGUGAAUUCCCAGCCCCAGAGGCGGAAAUCGAGAUUGUGGAUGCCUUUUUCAUAGGCCGCUAUGUCCUGCUGGCGUUCAUCAGCGCUGUCUUCCUUGGAAGCCUCUUCUUGGUUCUAACUCAUCACGUCCUGGAGCCAAUCUAUGCCAAACCACUGCGGUCAUACUGAGCAUUAUUUGGAAAAACCAGGACUCUGGUCUCUUUCGUUUUGGUGUCACUGAUGAGCAAAGAAACACUAUUCAGAGCCUUGUUUUGACAGUCUUCAUGCCAUGAGAAGUUAGAGGGCCAUCUCCUCAUCGCUAAGACUAACCUCCGGAGUUCCAGGUUUUGCAUUCAGGGUUGCAAGAUUGUUCCUGUGGCAGUAGAUUCCUACUACCUGUGGAGGGAGAUUGCUGCCUUCUUAGUAUCUGUACCUCAGGAUUUCCAUCUGUUUUGCAAGGGAAGUAGUAAUAGCAAUCUGCUGGGAGUAGAUUUUCAGUCAUUAGUAAGUGGGUUUUGGGAAAAGGAGCACUUGGACUUUUGGUCCAACCCAGGAACCCUGUCCUUUUUGAUAAUAUGUAAAAUUCUUAGGUUGAAAUCAUUUGGAAGGGAAAGGCACUCACAUUUCAAAGGUUACACUAACCUACUGUGUUGCAAUAAAGCAGUAAUUUGGAAGACUGAUUCAGAUGUUGGCUACUGACAACUAACUCCGCAGUUAGUUCAACAGAGCUACAAAGGCCACGGUGUCACUUCCCCCGGCUCUAAUAGAGCAAUAAGCAGCAACCAAAGGGCUUUCAAUUCCAACUCUUGGCUAUAGCUUUCUGAUUCCAGUAUUUUUAUUUCCUAAAUUUGCUUGCAGAUUAGAGGAAAGGUAUUGAAAUGUAUUUUUGUCAUUCUGCCAUGUAUCUCUGGGUUCCUUUUCUCCCAGGAUUUUGUGGCCCCUGUGUGUCUUAUUUAAUUUCCAUGAGUCCAUUUGGGGAAAAUAUAUCUUUGUAAAAAAUAAGAAUGGGAAUAGGAGAGGGAGGAGGAAGAAGGGUGGGAGUGUGGUCUGGAGGGAGAAUACGGUGGGAAGUAUCACCAUGUUUCUGAAUCUGUAUAUAGGAAAUACAUUAAAUUUGUAUACCUUAAAUAAAAUUUUAAAAAAGUC